AUGCCAGGAGACCAGAAUGUUUCACAGGCGACUAAACCAUUCUUGAAACCACAGCGUCGCCAAAAUACUAGUUGUGACCGGUGCAGACGUUCAAAGCGGCGCUGUGUUGUGCCAAGCAGUUCAGAAGGAGUGUCUGGAACGAUAUGCACGAACUGCGAACGUCUGAGACACCAUUGUACAUUCGAGUUCGCGAAGCGUCAUCCCAGCUCCCCGGUCAACAAAAGACAAACACAAAAAAGUGCGGAGGCCGCGGAAGGACCUGAGCAUGAUAAACCGAAUAUUUUUGACGGGCCGAUCGAAAGGCUUCCCGACAGCCCGGAAAACCAAUUCAAUGCAUCUUCUGUGGCUGAUCAGGAUAUCCUAGCGGCGUGGUUGAACUUCGAUCAUGAACGAAUUCCAGAUGACCACUUCGCAUCGUUAUCAAACAAUUACGAGGCAUCUACUCCUCUCGCACCAGCACGAUGCGAUACUCCAGCUACGACAGAGACUCAAAUCAAUAACCAAAUUUCACAUUCAUUCAAUCGAAUGAACACAGAUCAAUAUGCGCCUGCUGUUCCGUUAUCAUUCAAAAGUCCAAUAUACCUGUUGAAUACCGGAAUAGAUGCAAAGAUACUUGGUGAUAGACUCACUCGGAUCUACGACGCAAUCUCAACAGCCAGUUCAUGUAGUUUUCUCGACUAUGAUUGCAAUCUUUAUGCAACUGGAAAUCGUUAUCGAAUAAGAGAAAGCAAAUCUGGAAGCUCAACGGAGUCGCCACCUGCGAUACCGACCAUUAAUCCACAUAAUACACCAAACGACAGACUCCCCCAAUAUGCUCCCUCAAUACCGACAAACGAGGAAAUCGUCCACGAGAUCUCCCUUCUGGGGAGCGUUCGAUUUUUGGAUCAUUUCAGUCACCUUUAUGGCAACCGGCUGGAUUCCAACGCACGGAGAAAAUCUGAUGCAGCCUUAAAGGCAGUUCUCCUUGCAUUUUCAAUGCAAUGGUUGCCGGCGGCUGAUGGAACAGGCAAUAUUGUCCCGCAAUCUCUGGAUUCCAGAAAAAUAGAAUCUGACUCGACUUUAAAUGCCUUUACUGAUGCUUGGCUUCGAGCCCGAGCACUCCUAGAGGAUGCUCGCCAUGUGAAGACUUUUCGUGUCAUUAUCGCAACACUGACCUUUGUCGGCAUUGUGUCGCCAACAAAAGUGAGGGACAUGGAAGGUGUCGUGACUCACGAUUUCCUUGACUCGGCUCUGCAGAAGCUUUGCUACUUGGAUGGACUUGUUACGCAAUACCGCGAGCACCUAGGUCCAUCUUCCACAUAUAGUGCUCUUUUAGAAGCAAGUCUGAAUCUUAUUCGCUGGACUGGCUACAUCCGUGACACAGGAGCGGCAUUGGCCACGGACCGGCAAUGCAGGAUUCCCGAGCUUUGGGGCUUUGAAAAAGUCGCUUUGAACAAGGAGUCUAUGCCGGGUUGGUCUGCCUAUCAAAACAUUCUAGCAUUUGAUGGCCAUGUCCAGGGCAUAUGUCUGAAGGCCAGUGCAGAGACAUUCUCCAUACAUUCUAGCGUGGCAGCCAUCGACCAGUUGAAUGCGUCGUUUCAACCAUUCAUAGCCCAUUCUAUCAGCAACUUUCUAUAUCUUUCGACCUGUCCUAGGAUCUCUAUUGUUUCCCUUGUGAUGUUCUGGAAUUUGGGUAUCUUCUUACUUAACGACGUCUUCAAAAACGCCUCCAAGUACCUCAAUGUUUCGGACGAGCAACAACUCGCCCCUAUAAUCCGGAAAUACCAACAAGACGCAGCGUUAUGUGUCACAUCAACGGUUGAAUGCGUGCUCAACCUCCCCGUGGAAGAGGCCUUCAAUCUUCAAAAUGGCCUAGGUGCAGAAGUUCCGAUCACGGCCUAUCAUGUCACCCCAAGUAUAGCUGUGACAGCCCUUCAAAAGGCCAUUGAGGGUGUUAUCCAACUGCAACUUCAUUCAACUCACGACGCUGAUCUCUUUGAGGGAGACUGUCGCAUACCCGUGCCUGAUGGGACCUGGGAUCGACAGAUCGAUGUCUUGAUGAAGGGUCUCAUGUCACUUGAUGUUACUAUUGGUGGAUCACAAACUUCGAGCAUGGCCCUUCGGCUGUUGAUGCAGCGAUAUGGCGACAUUCUAUCUGAAUGUUGGACUUCGGAUUUUGAUACAUGA